AUGACAACUAGAACUCGAGCUAGAAACAACGAAAAUCCCGAGGGUGACGAACUAGUUAAUCACAUCCCAAUCCGUGAUAUCGAAAACAUGUUUAGAAAACAACACCCUCCAACUUUUGACGGCUUAGGCAAUCCGUUAGAUGCCGAAAAAUGGGUUAGAGCGAUAGAGCGAAUAUUUGCAUAUAUAAGGUGUGAAGAUCGUGAGAAGGUAAUAUAUGCAAAAUACCAGCUGAUUGAUGAAGCUGACUUUUGGUGGGAGUCAGUCGAAAGGACUAUGACUCAAGCGCAAAAAGACACUUUGACUUGGGAAGGCUUCAAAGAAAAGUUAUUUGAAAAAUUUAUUCCAGAAUGUUAUAGGCAAAAGAGACAAAAUGAGUUUUGGAAUUUAAGACAGGGAAAAAGUAUGGUCACAGAAUAUGAUCGUGCAUUUAAUCGAUUGUCAAGAUAUUAUCCACAACUGGUGGAUACUGAUGAAAAGAAAGCUGACAGAUUCAGAAAAGGGCUGCGUCCUGAAAUCGCAGUUUCAUUGGCUAGUCAGGGAACACUAACCUAUGCCCAAUCACUAACAAGGGCAUUAAACAUUGAGACAUUACUGCCAAAAGAAAGAGAGAAAGGAGCCAUACAACAAUUUGAGGGGGAUAGAGGAAAAAGGAAAUGGGAGGAUCGAGCAUCGGGAGAAGAAAUUGUAAAAAAGGGAUUUUGGAGAGGGCCACCACAACAACAAUUCCUACCACAACAACUCCAACAACAACAAUUUCAACCUCGACAGCCACAACAACAAUUUCAACAACGGCCAUUGCGACCCCAACAAUAUUAUCAGCAGUACCCCCAACAGUGGGGAUUUUCAGGACAGAAACCUGUGUGUCCCCAAUGUAAGAAACCUCACUUAGGAGAAUGUCGGAUUGGAACAAAUGUUUGCUUUAGAUGUGGGAAGUCGGGACAUAUGAUUAAAGAUUGCACCAAUGGAAAAUGGUCAAUGAAGGGUCAGCAACAGCAAGGUCAAGGACCUACUAAGACUCAAGGGCCAAUAAUGAGACAACCUCAACAGGCAAGGGCUUAUGCUUUGAACAAGCAACAGGUUGGAAAUGCGCCCGAGAACUUAGCAGGUAUGAUCUAUAUAAACGAAACUCCAAUCUUAGCGCUAUUUGAUACAGGAGCUUCACAUUCGUUUAUAUCUAAGGUUGCGUGUGAAAAGUUAUCUAUAGUAACUGAAGUACCUGAAUUGGCAUUGAGCGUGAGUAUACCAGCAGGAAAUACGGUUACUAUAUUAGAAGUUAGUAAGGGUCAAGACGUUAAAGUUGGAGACCUAAUAUUUAAAGCUGACCUGCAUGUCAUCGACAUGAAAGAAAUUGACGUUAUUUUCGGAAUGGACUGGUUAGAAAAAAAUAGAGCAACGAUACGCUGCCAGGAGAGGGAAAUUUUGUUCCAAACACCUAAUGGAGAGAAAAUUAUUUUUCAAGGAGGGAGACUUGGAACAGAAGUGCCUGUUAUAACUGCAAUGAAAGCCAUUAAGAUGUUGAGAAAAGAAAAUUGCCAAGCAUUCUUGGUAAACUUAACGGCGGAAAAGGAAAAUGAAUUGAAAAUAGAUGAUGUGUCAGUAGUACGAGACUAUCCAGAUGUGUUUCCCAAUAACUUACCUGGAUUACCACCAGAUAGACAAGUGGAAUUUUCCAUUGACUUGAAACCAGGAGCAGCUCCAGUAUCAAAAGCCCCCUACCGUAUGGCACCAAAGGAAUUGCAUGAAUUAAAGGUGCAAUUGCAAGAAUUAUUGGAUCUUGGAUUUAUCCAACCAAGUGUAUCACCAUGGGGAGCGCCGGUUCUCUUUGUGAAGAAGAAAGAUGGAACCAUGAGAAUGUGCAUUGAUUACCGUGAAUUGAACAAAUUGACCAUUAAGAAUAGAUACCCAUUACCUCGAAUCGACGACUUGUUCGAUCAAUUAAAGGGAGCGGGCGUGUUCUCCAAGAUUGACUUGAAAUCGGGAUAUCAUCAGUUGAAAAUAAAGAAAGAAGAUAUACCGAAAACAGCGUUUAGGACGAGAUAUGGGCAUUACGAAUUUACAGUUAUGCCUUUUGGGUUGACAAACGCUCCUGCAGUUUUCAUGGAUUUGAUGAAUCGAGUUUUUCAUCAGUACUUGGAUAAGUUCGUAUUAGUUUUCAUCGAUGACAUAUUAAUUUACUCGAAGGAUGGAGUACAACACGAGGAACACUUGAGAAUCAUGUUGGAAAUUUUGCGAGCAGAACGGCUCUACGCUAAGUUUAGUAAAUUAUCAACCGAGGGAAUUAAAGUUGAUCCCACUAAAGUAGAAGCCGUGAGUGGAUGGAAAACACCAACAAGCGUGAAUGAUAUCAGAAGUUUUCUAGGAUUGGCGGGUUACUAUAGAAGAUUCAUUGAAGGAUUCUCGAAAAUAGCAAAACCCAUGACACAACUAUUAAGGAAAGGAGUUAAGUUCGAAUGGACUAAAGAAUGCGAGAAGAGUUUUCAAGAGCUCAAGAAAAGAUUGACUACAGCACCGGUAUUAGCAAUACCAGAAGGAAAAGCAAAUGUGGUAGCAGACGCCUUGAGUAGAAAAACAAAAGUGAAUUUGGGUUAUCUUCUCACUGAGCAGAGAGAAUUGAUAAAGGAAUUUGAAGGAUUGAGUGAAAAUUGGGAAGAUGUUCUGCCUUUGGUCGAAUUCGCUUAUAAUAAUAGUUAUCAGGCAACGAUCGGAAUGGCACCUUUUGAAGCAUUGUACGGGAGAAAAUGUAGAUCGCCUCUUUAUUGGGAUGAAGUUGGGGAACGAAGAAUUCUAGGGCCGGAUCUGGUUCGACGAAUGGUUGAGCAAGUUGACCUUAUCAAGAGACGAAUUAAAGAAGCUCAAGAUAGACAAAAAUCAUAUGCUGAUAGGCGUCGAACAGAUUUACAGUUUAAUGUUGGAGACCACGUGUUUUUGAAAGUUUCUCCAUCAAAAGGAGUAACGAGAUUUGGUAAACGAGGAAAAUUGAGACCCAGAUUUAUAGGACCUUUCGAGAUCUUAGAAAGAAUAGGCCAUGUCGCAUAUAGAUUGGCAUUACCUCCGAGUUUGCCAGAUGUGCAUGACGUGUUCCACGUCUCAAUGCUAAGAAAGUAUGUUUACGAUCCAAAGCAUGUCGUAAGAUAUGAUGAAGUUGUUCUAAACCAUGACCUAAGCUAUGAGGAAAAACCAGUAAAGAUACUUGACCGCAAGGUCCAAGUCUUGAGGAAUAAAGAAAUACCUAUAGUAAAGAUUUUGUGGAAUCGUCAUGGCCAGGAAGAAGCUACAUGGGAACUAGAAGAAAAAAUGUUAGCUGAAUACCCUGAAUUGAGUGAUCAAGCAUUUUCACAGCAUUAG